CCGCCUACGUCGAGCUGCGUGACAAUGGGGUGGGCCGCAGAACGCAGCUGCGGCGGCCGCGGGUCUCGUGGGGGCGGAGCGGCCGCCGCUGCCGCCGCAGCACGGGUCGGCGUUUGAAAGAUUAAAAAACUCCAGGUGGAGAGGAAGGUGGCGUUGAAUGUGCGCGGAAGCAUUGGGGGUCAAGGCUCCGCGCGCCGCCGGCUGACUGGCGGCGUCUCCAUAGCAUGAAUUACCCGGGCCGCGGAUCCCCGCGGAGCCCAGAGCAUAACGGCCGAGGCGGCGGCGGCGCCUGGGAGCUUGGCUCUGACGCGGGGCAGGCGUUCGGCGGCGGCGUCUGCUGCUUCGAGCACCUGCCCGGCGAGGACCCGGGCGACGGCGACGUGCCCCUGGCCCUGCUGCGCGGAGAGCCCGGGCUGCAUUUGGCGCCGGGCACUGAGGACCACAACCACCACCUGGCGCUGGACCCCUGCCUCAGUGACGAGAACUAUGACUUCAGCUCCGCUGAAUCGGGCUCCUCGCUGCGCUACUACAGCGAGGGCGAGAGCGGCGGCGGCGGCAGCAGCUCCUUGUCGCUGCACCCGCCACAGCAGCCUCUGCUGGUCCCGACGAACUCUGGGGGCGGCGGGGCGGCAGGAGGGGGCGUCGGGGAGAGGAAACGUACCCGGCUAGGUAGCCAGGCGGCCCGGCACCGCUACGAGGUCGUGACGGAGCUGGGCCCGGAGGAGGUGCGCUGGUUCUACAAGGAAGAUAAGAAGACCUGGAAGCCCUUCAUCGGCUACGACUCGCUCCGCAUCGAGCUCGCCUUCCGGACCCUGCUGCAGGUCACGGGUGCCCGGCAUCAAGACGAGGACCGGGACGGUGACCAUGUAUGUUCCCCCGCGGGGCGGGCCUCCAGUUCCGGAGAAGACGACGAUGAGGACCGCGCCUGCGGCUUCUGCCAGCGCACGGCGGGGCACGAGCCCGAGAUGGUGGAGCUGGUGAACAUCGAGCCUGUGUGCGUGCGGGGCGGCCUCUACGAGGUGGAUGUGACCCAAGGAGAGUGUUACCCGGUGUACUGGAACCAGGCUGAUAAAAUACCAGUAAUGCGUGGACAAUGGUUUAUUGAUGGCACUUGGCAGCCUCUAGAAGAAGAAGAAAGUAAUUUAAUUGAGCAAGAACAUCUCAAGUGUUUUAGGGGCCAGCAGAUGCAGGAAAUUUUUGAUAUUGAAGUGUCAAAAUCCAUAGAUGGAAAAGAUGGCAGUGGGAUCAACUUUUCGGUUGUCUACCACCUCCCUCCCUUCUCCCUCCCUUCUCUGUUCAAAUGGAGAGGAUUUAAGGAGAGUACAGAUGCGGCAGGUCUUAAACGAAAGCGUUCCCAAGCUAUGCAUAGUUUCAAGUUGAGUCGAAACCAUGUGGACUGGCACAGUGUGGAUGAAGUAUAUCUUUAUAGUGAUGCAACAACAUCUAAAAUUGCAAGAACAGUUACCCAAAAACUGGGAUUUUCUAAAGCAUCAAGUAGUGGGACCAGACUUCAUAGAGGUUAUGUAGAAGAAGCCACAUUAGAAGACAAGCCGUCACAGACUACCCAUAUUGUAUUUGUUGUGCAUGGCAUUGGGCAGAAAAUGGACCAAGGAAGAAUUAUCAAAAACACAGCCAUGAUGAGAGAGGCUGCAAGAAAAAUAGAAGAAAGGCAUUUUUCCAACCAUGCAACACAUGUUGAAUUUCUGCCUGUUGAGUGGCGGUCAAAACUUACUCUUGAUGGAGACACUGUUGAUUCCAUUACUCCUGACAAAGUACGAGGUUUAAGGGAUAUGUUGAACAGCAGUGCAAUGGACAUAAUGUAUUAUACUAGUCCACUUUAUAGAGAUGAACUAGUUAAAGGCCUUCAGCAAGAGCUGAAUCGAUUAUAUUCCCUUUUCUGUUCUCGGAAUCCAGACUUUGAAGAAAAAGGGGGUAAAGUCUCAAUAGUGUCACAUUCCUUGGGAUGUGUAAUUACUUAUGACAUAAUGACUGGCUGGAAUCCAGUUCGACUCUAUGAACAGUUGCUGCAAAAGGAAGAAGAGUUGCCUGAUGAACGAUGGAUAAGCUAUGAAGAACGACAUCUUCUUGAUGAACUCUAUAUAACAAAACGACGGCUGAAGGAAAUAGAAGAACGGCUGCAUGGAUUGAAAGCAUCAUCUAUGACACAAACACCUGCCUUAAAAUUUAAGGUUGAGAAUUUCUUCUGUAUGGGAUCCCCAUUAGCAGUUUUUUUGGCAUUGCGUGGCAUCCGCCCAGGAAAUACUGGAAGUCAAGACCAUAUUUUGCCUAGAGAGAUUUGUAACCGGUUACUAAAUAUUUUUCAUCCUACAGACCCGGUGGCUUAUAGAUUAGAACCAUUAAUACUGAAACACUACAGCAACAUUUCACCUGUCCAGAUCCAUUGGUAUAAUACUUCAAAUCCUCUACCUUAUGAACAUAUGAAGCCAAGCUUUCUCAACCCAGCUAAAGAACCUACCUCAAUUUCAGAGAAUGAAGGCAUUUCAACCAUACCAAGCCCCGUGACCUCACCAGUCUUGUCCCGCCGACACUAUGGGGAAUCUAUAACAAAUAUAGGCAAAGCAAGCAUAUUAGGGGCUGCUAGCAUUGGAAAGGGACUUGGAGGAAUGUUGUUCUCAAGAUUUGGACGCUCAUCUGCAACACAGUCAUCUGAAACAUCAAAAGACUCAGUGGAAGAUGAGAAGAAGCCAGUUGCCUCACCUCCUGCUACCGCCAUGGCAACACAGGCCCUUCCACAUAGCAGCUCUGGCUUCCUUGAUACUGCAUAUUUCAGACUUCAAGAAUCGUUCUUUAAUCUCCCACAACUUCUUUUUCCGGAAAAUGUAAUGCAGAAUAAAGAUAAUGCCCUCGUGGAGUUGGAUCACAGGAUUGAUUUUGAACUCAGAGAAGGCCUUGUGGAGAGCCGCUAUUGGUCAGCUGUCACGUCACAUACUGCCUAUUGGUCAUCCUUGGAUGUUGCCCUCUUUCUUUUAACCUUCAUGUACAAACAUGAGCACGAUAAUGAUGCAAAACCCCAUUUAGAUCCAAUCUGAACUCUCAAAGGACAUGAAUAGCCCAAAACUGAUUUUUUUUUUUUUUUCUGUUAAAAUGUGUGUGUCAAGAUAUGGAGAUUUCAGGGUUAAAGUAUAUUUCAGUUUGGUUUAGGGCAACAGAUAUUUGAAUUUAAAGGCACUUUAUUUAAAAAAAAAAAAAAAAAAAAAGAUGGUUUCAGUCCAGAGAAGUUAUUUACAAUUUCCAUCAUUUUAAUUAUGAGUCUGAUACAACCUUCUCCAGAGAAUCAAGACCUAGAAGUGAAGAAGGUUUGGGUAAACUGCAUGUAAAGGCUACAAAUCACAAUCUGAUUCCUCCUAAGUAUAAAGGCAUAUGGAAC